AUGAAGCACUUCAGAUUUCUAACCCUGCUUGCUCUGGCGCUACUUAUGCUCAGCCAAGUAGCAUCAGCACAAGAUUCGUCCAACUCUCCGACUACGCCUGACUACGCCGAUACUGAUUCCGGGGAUGAGUCCUCCGACACUAAUGCUGAUUACACCAUCACCGAUGCUGAGCCCACCACACCUAGCCAAGAGUCAUCUGUCACUGAAGACGAUACUGGAGUAACGGAAGAAAACGACAGCGACUCUAUAACACCUACUGGAGGAGGCGAUAGUAGCAAUGGGGACUCUGGCACUACUCCUCGCAGUGGCAAUCGUCGCGGUGCUAAUCGUCGUGGUGGCAAUCGUAGAGGUAGUCGUGGUCAAAACCGCCGUGGCAGCAAUCGCCAAGGUAGCAACAACAGUCGCAACAGGCGCAACAAUAAUAGACGUAGCAGGGGCACCAAUAAUCGUGCCAGUAGCAGAGCCAACAACAACCGUAGAAAUAAUAGGGGCAGCAACAGAAACCGCGGUUAA